AUGCCUGGGUGUCCAGACUCGACGAACAGGGCAUUGGAUAGCCUGGAGUCCCAGCAUUUUGCAUUGCUCUACAUCGACGAAAGUGGCAAAUUGCGCUUUGAAGCCUCUCCUUCGAUCGCCAAUGACGCUCACGCUAUACUGUCUCCAGAAGUUACGCAUUCAUUCCUCAAGGCAGUUGCUGGGUCUGAGAAUGGGGCCAGAGCUGGCUCUGAAUCAGCCGCCGAAUUUCGAAGUGGAAGGAGUUCUUCUUCUCCGGAUUCACCUGUUUCUAGCUUUAGCCCCAGAUCCAAUACUUCGCUCCCCCUUGACGGUAGCCGGAAACGCAAACGGGCAUCGCACGAGUAUGUGCUGCCGAUGAGCAUCACUUCAUAUCCGAAGACAAUGCUUCCAGUCGGAAACAAACGCAUUCUGCGGAGUUACUACGAGAAAGCCUUUGAAUGUCUCCAGCAGACCAACUGUCGCAUAUUGGCAAAGGCCUAUAUCAAACUCGUCGAACCACGGAAGCAGGUCACCUACCCAUACAACGGCCACAAGGUCGUUGCCGGUGUCCCUCAGCAGUUUGACCCUGAAGAGACAAGACCGUUGUGGUGGCCAACGGGCGUCACCCAUCGCGAACCGGAUCAUCUCCGAAAGCCAGAGCGCAUCCGCCUACUCAUUCAUAUUCUCUGUGAGCUCCGCGAGAGCCACGCCAUCUGCGUCGAAAAAUUGAGAGAAGCCGACCAAGCGAUACGUCGCCAGAUAUCGCCCGUUGAGCGUCUUCAGGUCUUGGACGAGAUCUACCGAGUCCGCGGUGAAGAAGAACGUUACCUUGACGGUCGCUCCGACUCCCGAGCAGUCGUAUAUGUCUCCCGCGUUCACCUCCCAGAAAUAGCCGACGCCCAAACUUCCCUCCACCCUUCAAAUGACUCGACCGCGCUACCCGACGGGUAUCGUGAGGACGUCCCUGAUCUAGUGCACACCUCGGUGCCUCCAUCUUCAAGCCUCUCCACCAGCUACAGCCUUCCCAAAAGAGAGCUUGACACAACGUCGAAUUCCAUCACUUCCAUUUCCAUCCCUACUAGUAAUCCCACAGUUUCAACGACAUGGGAAGCAUUUCAUCCCACAAUCCCAGUGUCAGCCACACUACCGCCAAUACACUCGUCUAUGCAACAGGACGGUACAGAUCACACGAAAAUGCCUUACGCUCUUAGCUACCCGACGUCACCAUAUGGGUACCAUCAACCCGCACCGGCUCUAGAGAUGCAGCCGUUUGCUAUGGGCUAUACAAAUAUCAAUCCACAUCUACCACCUCAACCCUCGCAACAGAAUGACGCUCAUCACGGCCAUCCGCAGACACACGCCUCUAUGUCUAUGAUGCGUACGGACACGGGAUUUGGCCAUCAUCCUUAUUACUUUAACUGUUGA